AUGGAUGUCUAGAUUGCUAAGGUGAAACAGAUAAAAAAGGUUGGUCAGCAAGUGCACAAGGGACUAGUUUUGAUCCGUAUAUGGGUGAUGGUUAUAAAAUAUGUUAAAGUAAAAUGGAUAUUCUAAUAAUACCAUAUUUAGAAUGCUAAACUCAAUUUGAAUGUUAAGAAUGCUCAAACUAAAAUCUUAAUCAGUGUUUGGAAUGUAGCUAUCCCGCUAACUGCUUGCAAUGUAAACAAGGUUAUUAUCAAGGAUCAAAUGAAGGAUAAAACUAAUGUCUGCCAUAUUCCCAAGAAAAUUUAUGUCAAAUAGCCACAGGUUAAAAUUAUUGCUAAGACUGCAUUUACGGAUAUGGGUUAUUUAAUAAUAGCGGAGAAAGCUUAUGUUAUAGCUUCACCAGAUCAGAGGAAAUAAACUACUCUUGCUUGCUUUGAUGGAUACUAUGACUCCUUUUUACAGAGUUGCGUGAAUAAGUGCAGUUCUGGUAAAUAUGGCUAGUGUGACAUAAACUGCUUAGAGUGUAGCUCAGAAACAGAGUGUACUACUUGCAAGCAAGACUACUACCUAAGUGUAACCAAUUAGAAUAAAAGAACUGGACAGUGUCUUAAAAAAGCAGGAUAAUUUGCUGGAAACUUGCAUGUCUAGUCAAUUUUUUCAGAACUUUAAGAAGAAAUAAUUGAAGAUGGAUCAGUAGAUUAUCCUUUUAGAUCACUUAUUACUGCUAUAAAUCGAGCUUAUGAGUUAGGGGCACCAUUUGAAUAAGCAACUAUCACCAUUCUACUAUUCUCAAACUAAACUCAUUCAAUGAUGAGAUAUGAUACAAAACUAAGACUAAAUGAAUAAAUAGACAGAAAUUCUCAGUCAACCAAGAUUAUUAUUGACUCAAUAGAUUAAGUUCCAGUCCUAGUGAACUAUAAACUUAGAGAUAAAUAUCAUUUUAACGUAGGAGGUGGACUAACAAUAAGAAAUAUAGAAUUUGAUGCAAUUGACUCCAUUUUAGAUGAAAGAGAAGGAAAUAUAGAUUCAACUCUUAUAGGCUCUAAUGAUUACUCAUGCUUAUAAAAUCCUAUAAAAAAAUGUUAGGUAUAAACCAUUUUCCUUAAAACUAUCUAAUAGAAAGUUAUAUUCAGAAACUUCAUCUACUCAAUGAGAUCUCUUAUUGAACUCAAUGAAUUCGGAGGUCAUGUAGAAGUUAUCAAUACCUAAUUUAUUAACAUAAACACGUGUGGAAGUUUGAUUGGACAUAAAAAGAUAGAUUUAUCUGAGAUAGAAUAAUACGGUUAUGCUACUUCAAAUAGCUACCUAAACUAAAUAUACAUGACCUAAAAGUCAUUAUUCCAAUCCAACAACUUAGACUCCAAUAGCUUUUAGCCUUUCGCUGGAGCAUGCAGUAAUGACUGCCACAGUAUUAAAAUCGGAUAUUCUACAUUUAAACAAAUAGUCGGAAUAAAUGGAAUCAUUUAAGCAGAUGAUAACUUAUAACUAUCAAUUGAAAUAUACAACUCAGUCUUAUAAUAAAUCUAGACUUCAUAAAAAGGUAUAUUUGUUCUAAAUUCUACUAAUAUUUCCUUUGAAAUGAGAGACUCUGCUGUUGAUAGCCUGGAUAUUGAUAAUACACAGGGUGGCUUCAUCACUCUAGGCUCUAAUUUAGUUGAACUUGAAUUGAAUAUAAAAAGCUCAGAAUUAAAUAACAUCUAAGGUUAAAGUGGAAGAUUCAUUUAAUUAAAAUAAUCAGGCAAUAGUAUACCUAAAAAUUUGAAUAUUAAUCUUGAAAAUAAUAAGAUCGACUUAAGUGCUUUUGAUUAGUUUUGGAUUUUUAACUUGGGCGCACAUGUCCCAUUUUCAGUAUGGCUAGGUCUAUAUAACUCAAGACAUUUCAUAAAUUUAGAGUAAAAUUUUGGGACUGUGAAUCUAAACAUGACAUCUAACACAAUAUCUACUUCAAAUAUCUUUGACUUUGAAUCUUUGAUAUAUGCAGGAAAUGGGGUUUCAGUUCAAGAUUAGUCUUCUAAAUUAAUUGGCCUAACCUAUUAAAACGAGAACGAUUUGCCUCCAACUUCCCCAGUGGCAAUGAUAUUUUGCGACUCUUGCAAUUUAACAUUGAAUAAAACUAUAUUAUCACUCUAUAGAAAUCAAAAUUCUAGUAUUAUUAUAGCAAAGGAUGCAUCAAAUGUAAUUUUAGAGGGUAUAGAGAUAGAAAAAGAUUCUAACUAAUUUAUGAAGGGGUCACUUUUAACUAUUAUUGGAGCUGAUCAGAAUUUGAUAUAAAUGAGAGCCAUAGAUUUUGACAUUUCAAUGGACACAUAAGUAGAAUAUAGAACGGCUGGAUUAAUAAUUGCUAAUAAUAGUUAAGCUGAAAUUAAAAUAGAAUAAUCUCAGAUAAGUUAUAUUGCUUCAGGCUUUGCAUUUCUAAGAAUCUUGCUAAUUAAAUAACUUGAUCUUCUUGAUGUUACUUUUUAAGAAACGAAUUAGUUAACAGCAGGUCAAAUACUUAAUUCUAGCUACAGUUUAACUAAAAUAUCGAUGAUUAGAGUAAAUUUUCAUGGAUCCUUGCUUACUGAAUAAGCUUCAUAAUCAAAUUUGAUACUUCCUUCUUUGAUUAACUUAUAAGGCUUUGAUUCUUUAAUAAUCACUUAGUCUACCUUUUAAAAUAUAUAAGGAAGGCAAUUGUUAUUUAUGCAGAAUGGAAACUAUAUUGAAAUUAGUGCAAACAGUAUAUAAUGUAGCGCACAGUCUUUUGAUUCAUCAUACACAUCAACUACAUAUUUGGAAGCUAAUGAGACAAACUUUCUUAGUUCUGAUUUUCCUAGUCAAUUCUCCUCUCCUGCAGAGUUUAAGAACGUUACAGAUAUCAAGAUUGAAUUAAGCAUGUUUUAAAAUUGCUAUAAUAGAUAAAUGGGUGGUGCAAUGAAAAUCACAGACUCCAAGGCAUCAAUUACUUCAUCACAGUUCUAUUUUAAUUAAGCAAUGAUUGGGGGUUCUAUAUUUUGCUACAACUGCACUAUUUAAUUCUCUGAUGUAGACUUUAAUAAUAGCUUUGCUUUGAAAGGAGGAUCAGUCUAUUUAAAUAAUUCAUUGGAACUAGUAUUUUCUAAUUGCUAAUUAUUGAACUCAGUUGCUUACGAUUCUGGAGGAUUUAUAUACUUAGAUGAUGGUUCUUUAUAGGCACCAAUUUAUAGCACUUAGAAAAUAGUCAAAUUUACUGAAAAUUGUGGUUUUUCUAAUACUUAUGCGCUGAAUUUGGGAGGUGCUAUUUUUGUGAAUAAUUCUGAUUAUUCUAUUGAAAUUUUAUCUACAACUCAGUACAAUUCUAUAGCCUUCAACCAAAUGGGAGGUUUUAUUCAUUUGUAAAAUGCAAAAUCUCUUAAAAUCAUUGAAUCUAAUUUUGUAAUAUUCAAGAGCUAUUAAGGAGAUUUCGUUUCUAGUUUAGGUGAUAAUACGAGUAUUGAAAUAAGCUUUUCUUAGUUUAUGAAAAAUUUGUAACCUCUUGAUAAAUUCCCAGCCAAUUUUCAUUUAGAUUCUUCAUCGUUUGGGCCCUUUUAUUUCAAAGAUUCGCUAUCCGUUACUUUUAAUUAAUUAGAUUUUAUAAAUGGUGAUUAUAAAGUAAGUGCUGGAGUUGUUGAUAUGAUUAACACUACAUUCAUAGACAAUGGGAGUACUUACAGAUAUAGUAUAGGUGGGUAUGCUGGAGUUAUGAAGUUAUAUAAAAUGAAAGGAAUAAAAAUUUCAAAUAUUCUGACUGAAUACAAUAUGGGCGGAAAUUUUUCAUCCUAUUCAGGAAUCUUUAUUUCUUAUCCAGAAUAAGACACAAUCCUUACAAACAUAACCUUUAAACACUAGAAAGGAUAUUCUGGACCUAUUUUUUACGAAAGAGAUGACUCUUCUACAAAACCAAGAGCAGUUAAAUUAAUUAUUAACUAAAUGAGUGUCGAAAAUUGUCACACUCGAAACGAAAAUUCAAUAAGUUAUUAUGAUCCAAAUGGAAUACUUUUAGUAAAUGGGCUCCUUCUUAACUAUACACUUGGUUUUUUUUAAGGCUUAAUAACAAUUAGAAAAGUCAGGAUGGCUGAAAUAUUUAAUGUCACUAUAUUUAAUGCGAGAACAUCCUAUGAAAGCUACGUUCUUUUGGCAGAAAGAAUAUCAGAAUCUAUUUAUUUAAGUAAUGUUACAAUGAACUGCAGUGCUAAUUAAAUUCAAAAUAAAAAUUAGAAUUCCGAAAGUAAUAGUAGAUUUUUUGAUACAACAUUUAAUAUACAAGACUUUUAAUACAGCCCUAUAGUUAGUAAAGUAUCUACUGGGCAGAGUCAUCUUGACAAAUUUAGAAUAUUUGAUUGCAAAUUUGAUGCAUUGACCUAAUUUAAGAUAACUGAAUAGGCGAGAGGUCUUUUUAUAGCUUAUUCCAUUUUCACUCCCUCUGAAAAUCCUUUAGGAAGACUACUUGCUGUAAUAUAAGAUACUAGAGUAAUAUCUACCAGAUUUAUAAAUACAAAUUCAUACUAUCAAAAUUUAUCUAUGAAUCAGCAAGCAUUCAAUUCAUUCAAUUUAACUAGAUAUUACUUUGAGAAUAAUACCUAUCUUGAUUUGAGAGGUUUUUAAAGAUUAUUGGAAUAAGAUAAUACAAUUGGAAUCGUAAAAAAUAUUAGUGUAAGAAAUCUAAAUUUUAAUCAUAUUGACUGUGGAGUCUUUAAAACUUUCGGUACAUACUUUAGAAAAUAAAGCCUCUAUCUUAAAAAUAGCGAUUUCCAAAAUUUAUAAUUUGUAGGAAAAGGCGGUUUAAUGUCACAGCAGAGUUAUGUAGAUUAUAUAAAAAUGGAUAACAUUUAUCUCAAAAAUAUUACAACAACAGAUCUAGGUGGAGUUUUAUACAUAUAGUAUGAGAGUAAUUUGAAUUUAACGUACAUCCAUAUCAAAAAUUCCUAUUUCGUUGAUUUCAGAUCACCUUAAAAUUAAGGAGAUUUCUUAUACUCUGAUAAGUUAUCUGCGUAUAUAGAAAUAAGUAAUACUACUAUUUAAUGCUCAUCUACUAAUGCUUAGUAAGAAUAUAGUUCUUCUAAUGUUGGAGUAAUUUAUUUUGCAAAUUCAAUUUAUGGACUUAAAACUAAAAAUUCGAUCAUAAAAUAGUGCUUCUAUAAAACUGGAUAAGGAUUAGUUAUGAACAUAUAAAACACAUUUUACAAUGACACUGGAUCAACAUUUGAGCAAAUUAAAGCAUCUAAUGGAGCAGCAAUACAUUGCUAUGAUUGCGAUUUGAAUAUAACUAAAACAACCUUCAAAAGCAUUAAAGGAAAUUAUGGAGGAUCAAUUUUUGCUGAUGGACUGGUAACAAUUUACAUAAACUAAGCGUUUAUUGAAGAUAGUACUGCUAUUAGUGAUGGAGGCUUUAUCGCUUUCAGACAAGUUAAUGAGGAAAUAAAGAAAAUGUCGUAUUUUUAGAUUUAAAAUUCUAAGGUAAUUGGUACUGGAGCUGAAAGAGGAGGAUUUAUUUAUGCAUCAAACUCUUAUCUUCAAAUAAGUUUUGUCAAUAUAAAUGCGCAAUAAAUUUCUUCAACAAUAAACGGAGGUUUUAUUAGUAUAACAAGUGCAACAAACAUAACAUUCUAAAAUUCUUAAUUUUAAGAAUUUAAGUCAACAUCUGGAGGCUUUAUGUUUUCUUUCUAUCCCUAGCUUGGAAUAAGCAUGACUGGCUCAACUUUUGAAUGUAAUACAUUUGAAAAUUAUCUAGUAUCAAAAGAUAGCUUAUCAUCAGAUUAUACAGACAGUUAUUUCUUCCUAAAAAAUGCAGAUAAGAUAACCUCUUAAAACAAUAAAUUCAGAUAUUGUGGUAUGACUUAAACAGGAGGUGUUUUUAGUCUAUAAAGAACUAUUUUUAGCGAUCAAAAGUCUACAUUUUAACUGAAUUCAGGAUUCAAUGGUGGGGUUAUCAAUAUUCAAGAAUCAUAAGCUGUAUUUUAUCAGUCAAAAUUCAUAUCCAACUAAGCAAAAAUAGGAGGUGCAAUUUAUGCUACUUCUUAGUCAAAUGUAACAAUUAAUCAAUGCUAAUCUACUAUGAACUCUGCUUCUUCUUCAGGAGGUGUUAUUUAUCUUUCACAAUAAUCAAACCUUUAAAUAAGAGGUUCAGAUUUCAAUGAAAACAAAGCCCCUGAAAAUUCUGUGCUUGAAAUUUAAGGAUCUAAUCUCGACUAUAGUGUUCUGAUUAAAAGUUCAAAUUUCUUUGAUAAUAUAGCUACAAGUAAUACUUUAUCCCUCAUAAAUACAAAUGUCCUUAUUUAAGACUGCAGUUUUAAAUCAAAUCUAGCCUAAGUGAGUACAAAAAACAUUUUGUGUGAGUUUUCAAAUCUAACUGUGGAAAAUACUAUAUUUGAUGAUUCACUAGCAAAAUAUACGACUACUUCGUUGCAAGAUGAGGAAACCACUGGUUCAUUUAUAUAUUUGAGAUUUAGCACAAACUUGAUUAUUAAAAAAUGCAAAUUUAGUAACGCUAUUGCUUAUUAUGGUGGAGCACUUUACAUUUCAUCAGACAGUAGUGCUGAUAUUGAAGAAUCUUAAUUUUUAAAAAAUAAAGCUAGAUCUUAAGGGGGCUCAAUAUAUGCCUCUGGUUUUGAAAGUAUAUAUAUCGGUAAGAACACUAUUUUUAAGGAUAAUUCAGCAGUUAGUGAAGGAGAAGAUAUUUACUUGACUAAUUCUGUUAAUUUAAUGACUCUAAAUUAAGUUUAAAUAAGUAAUAUUAAUGCUAAAAAUUCAAUCUACAUUGAGCAAGCUAAACUUUACGCUAACUAAAUUGUUAUUGAGGAUAUUUACAUGAACAAGGACUCUAUUAGAGGAGGAGCAAUAAAUUGCUAAUAUUGCACUGGAAUAGAAAUAUACAAUUCUAAAUUCAGAAAUCUAAGGUCAUCUGAGGGAGGAGCAAUAUACAUGACAGAAUCGGAUUUUAAUAAAGGCUCAACUUAAUAAGAGAUAAAUUAGAAAUUUCAAAUAAAAAAUAGUUUGUUCUAAAACUGCACUGCGUAAAGGGGUGGCGCUAUUAUGAUAUAAAAUUCUCAAUCUACUGUACUUGUGAAUAACUAAUUUUUAGAAAACAAAGCUCUAAUUAUUAAAGAUUAAUCAACCCAAGAGUAAAAUCAAGGAGCUGGUGGCGCUAUUUACUAUACUUGUGAUGAAUAAAUCCUAAAUUGCUUGUUAAAGUUUGAUGGAGUCAAUACUUUCUCUGAUAAUAGAGCAUAAAUAUAAGGAGGAGUUAUAUAUUGGGACACUUUGGAGCCAAUAUAUUAACUUAAUAAUAUGAAGUUCUCAAAUAAUUCAGCUUAGUACUAUGGUGAUAUUAUUGCUUGCUUUGCAUCCAAAUUAGGUUUGCUUAAUUAUAAUCAAUACAAAGAUUAGAUGAUCAAGCUAAAUAUAAAAUCAGCUGAAGAAUUUGAUUACAGAAUGCUUGAUGCAAUAAAUUCAUCAUCUUCAGUACCAAUAACAGAGUAAAAUGUAUAAAAUCAAAGAAGUGGAGGAUCAAUUCAAAAUUUAUAUGCAACACUAUUAGACAAAUAUGGCCAGAUAGUCGGUUCUGAUUUCUCUAGUAAGGUCAGACUAUAGGUAAAUAUUACUAAUCUUGAUUCUAAUGCAAGCAAAUACCCUCCAAUACUUGAAGGAAGUAGUGAUUUUGUUGCAUAGGGAGGAGUUGCUGUGAUAUAAGGAGUUUCUUUAACAGGCAGUCCUGGAAGUAGUUAUAAAGUUAUUAUAACCACAGAUGGCAUAGAUACUAACAAAUAAGCAAACAAGAAUGCAUCCUAAUCAGCAACUAGCGAUGAUCCGAACUUUUAAAUACAAAUUAAACUUAGAGAAUGUGAGAUUGGAGAAUAAUUUACCUCAGAAGGUAAAUGCCAAUAGUGUCAAGAUAGCUUCUUGCUUGUUAAAUAGAAUGAGCCCGGAAUAUGUGAAACAUGCCCGAGUGAGAAGGCCCUUUGUAAAGGAGGAUCAAAUAUUGGUCCAUUGCCUGGAUAUUGGAGAAGGGAUUCAUCUACGAAAAAUUUCGAGGUUUGUCUGUUCAAACCAGCAUGCUUAGGAAUGGUUCCGCCAAAUAACAAUCCUGUUGGAGAAUGCUAUUUAGGUUACAGAGGCAUAUUAUGUGCCGAUUGUUAAGUUGGAUUUUCGAAAUACAAUGAAUACUAGUGUUCUUAUUGCCCAAAACCUUGGCUUAAUAUUCUCAGACUAUUUGCUAUUUUUCUUGGAGUAGUGCUUGUAGUUGUUGUUAUGAUUAGAUCUACUUUGAAUGGAGCUAAAAAUACAGAUUAGAUUACUAGUAUUUAUCUAAAGAUUCUACUAAAUCACUUCCAACUAUUAUUAAUGACAGCUUCGCUAGAUUUUUCAUGGUCAGAGGAAAUUGUGAACUUUUUUAAAGCAACGAAUUAGGUUGCUACUGUCUCAACUUAGGUAUUCAGUGUUGAUUGUUUCCUAGAUACAAGAACUGAGAAGAAUGAAAGCUCGAUGGAGAACAGAAUUUUCUUUAUGAAAUUAGUGAUAGUGGCAUUACUGCCAUUCUUCCUAUCUUUAGCUUGCAAGCUGUUUUGGAUGAUAUAUAAUGGAAUUAAGAAGACAAUAUCAAAAGAGUCCAGCAAAGAAAUAUCUAGUAUCGUUAUUGUACUAUUUUUAGCACAUCCAAGCAUUGUUUAAUAUACUUUCAGAGAUUUCAAGUGCCUUAAUGUAGAUGGUGAAGAAAGAGUGUAAGAUGAUCUUGAAAUAAUCUGUUGGGAAAGUGCACACAAAUUUUUCAGUUAUUUUGUAGCAAUACCGAGCAUAAUACUUUGGGUCCUUGGAAUACCGUUUUUCGCAUUGGUUAUUCUUAUUAGAAAUCGAGGAUAUCUACAAAAGCUACAUAUUAGAGAAAAAUAUGGAUUCUUAUAUCGAGGCUAUAAGCAAGAAUUUUAUUUCUGGGAAAUCGUAAUCAUGUAUAGAAAAAUUGCAAUCAUUUUCGUUUCUGUAUUCAUCGGUAGUGUCGGUAUUAUGGCUCAAGCACUGCUUAUGUUUACAUUGAUCAUAUGGUCCUUGAUGAUUAAUACUAAAUUUUAACCAUUCAGCACAAGACAACUAAAUGAUUUAGAAAGCCUUUCAUUAGCAACUUCUUUAGUCACUAUAUAUUGCGGGAUCUUUUUCAUAUUAAAUUAACCUCAAUCUUGGAUUGACUCAGAUCCUGAAAACCAAAUAGCAGCUCUAAGCCUUAAUGCUUCACUUUAAUCAUUCUUUUUUUCAGUUAUUUUGAUAGCUAAUCUACUAUUUUUCUUGUACUGGGCAAUAAGAAUGUAUUAUGAAAUGAGAGCGAGAUUUAGGUCUUAAUUUUAAAAAAUUUACUUAGUACUCUGUCUCUGUUUUGACAAAAGUAAAUUAGAAGGAGAGUUAAAAGCCUAUGAGUUAGAGCUUAUAAAUAGAAAAUACGAAGAGGAAUUUCAAAGAUAAAUUAAACAAUUUAGAAAUAUUUUUGAAUCGAAAAAAAUGCAUGUGAAUGAGAAAGUGAUAUCAAAGUUGAAGAUAUUAUUUGAUGAGAGAAAUCUUGAUUAGAUACUAGGCAUAACAUAAAAAGUAUAAGAUCAAACAGCUAGAGAAAAAAGGAUAUCUCGAAACAAGAGGAUAAAACUUAUUCCAAAAAAUGAUCAGAAAGACUUAUUUAUUACAGAUACUAAUUCAGACAAUUACGAUGAUUCCGAAUCUUAAAACGAGGAUACUUAGUAGAUUUCAGUUGACUCUUAAAUUGAUAUCAACUUUUCAGACCUGAAUCUGAGAUAAAAUAUAAAUGCAAAUUCAAGUAAUAAUUCUCUUGUUGAGAAGAGGAGUCCUGCUUAAAGAAAUUACUCUACUUUUAAAAGAAAUCAAACAAUCAGCUAGAAAAAUCAAAAAUACUCUAAUUUCAAGAAUAAGAUUAAAAAGAACUAAACGUAGAAGUUAUCUAAAUAACCAAAAGUAUCAAUUAAAGAUAGCAGUAGAUUUGAUACAAACACCGAUAUUAUAAGUGAAUAACUAUUUAAUGAGAAGAAUUAAAGUAUAUUGAAGAUUAAAUUAACUAGGGAUAAUUGGCAGCAAGAUACAAUAAAAGAAAGCAUUAAGAUUGGGCCGGAGGAAAAUUAUUUCGAGAUCGACAAGAUUAAAAAAUAUAAAAAGCUUAAGACUAGAUCCCCUAAAGCAAGAAGUCCUAGUAAUCACACAAAUAAGACUAAAGGAGAACUUGAUUUCUACAACCAGAUUAAAAGAUAAAAGUAAAAUGAACAGACAUAGAAAUAAUAUCAUUAGGAUAAGCUUGAUGUCGCAAUAUCAGAUGAUUCAUCAGAUACUAACUCUGGCGUUUACCAAACUGAGGAAGCUGAUUUCAAUUUGAUUAAAUAUCACGAUUAAAGCCAAGACAAAAGAUCUAAUGAAAAUAGCGAAUUUUCAAUAGAUAAUCUUUAAAAUGAUUUGCUAGUAGAAGAAAUAAUUGAAGAAAUGGAUGAUAAUAAUGUAAAUGCUUUUGAUUACAAUAAAUACUAAGAAUCUUAAAAUGCAGAAAUUGAAAAUGAUUGGAUUUAAUAAGAUUUAUAGUUGGCUUUUAAUCAGAUAGAGAGCUCAACUAGUAACAAAGAAUCUACUGAUCAAAAAAGUUCAUCUAAAAUUCUAUCAUCCGAACAUAAUUAAAGUAGUUCACUAGAAAAUCUCAAAGUGAAUAAUAUUGAAAAAGACAAUUAAAAAGGAUGGGUAUGA